GAGGCCUUCUAAGCCAUGUGGAACUGUAGUAACUGGGAAGUUUUUAUAAUCACCAGUGACUUGCCAGAUGCAGGGACCAGCUCACAGAUUUAUAUUAUUCUGUAUGGACAACAUAGAAGUUCAGCCCCCAUAUAUCUUUAUGGAACAGAUGGGGCUCGAUUUCAGGUUGGCCAUGAAGACAUAUUUACUAUAACAGUUGGAGACAUUGGAGCACUCUUUAAGAUUUGUAUUGGUCAUACCAACUCUGGACCCUCCCCUUCCUGGCACUGCAAGGAGAUACAAUUGCAUAAUACGAAUUCUGGAAAACAGUUUUAUGUACCUGAUCAACGACGGUUGGCGCGAGAUCAAGAAGAUGGGGAAAUCUGUCGAGAAUUUCCUCUUUUAAGUAAAGGACAACCCGUCCUUCCAGGUAGGAAAGAUUCAACUCCAGGUAGCACAGAUAAAACUUGUUUGCCUAAAUACUGAAGGACA